CCGUCUUUUAAUGGACCAGAAUGCAUCAAUGAGAAUCUUUCAAAGACUGAUCCACCAAAAAGCUUUUAAAAGGAGCCUGAGAUUGAAGGAUAACACAACAUUUUCACCCUUCACUGAAAAAGGUGACCGGUACGCAAGGAUCAAUUCCAAGUUUUUAUCAACAAAGGGAAUUAAAGAAGAAGAAUCAUACUUAGAGGGGAAAAAGUAUUCUGCUGAAUCUUUUAAGACUGAUCCACCAAAAAGCUUUAAAAGAGAGCCUGAUACUGAGGACAACAAAGCACUUCCAUUCUUCACUGGAAAAAAGGUGACCAACACUCGACAUCUAGUGUUGUACAUUGUCAAGAUGGACCAGCUAAGUGCCAACUGAAGCCGGACUACGAGGAGUUAAAGCUGAUUCAGGGCAAAAUACUGAUGAAACUGGCAAGCUAUGCCACUCCGACAACGAAGAAGGGAAACCUGAAGGGUGGUGGUGAUAAAACAAUCCGCCCUAUUUUCAUACUUUGGGAAUUGGGAAAAGCUAGAGUU